AGUCAACGUGCUAGCAGGCAGCACGAUUAAACGUGAUAAGAGAGCGUCACUGGUUCGUCAGCGUGGUGUUAGUCAGUUAGUCUUAAAAUAACUGACUAGUUAGAUAAGUCUGCCACAGAAAGAGAGAAGAAAGGAAGAAAGCGAAGUGGCGGAGUUAAAGACGGACGGGAUCUCCAUCUGAUUUCGUCCCGUGCAGCUGCUGAGCUCCUGAUACUCCCGACUUCAACCUCCAGCCCAGCAAGACCAUCUUCGCCAGCGCCUCAUGCGAUGAGAGUGCAGUUGGCCGCAAAGGCCUGACUGUUCGAGCUCACCCCAAGUUCAGUUCAGCCCCUACACCGCUAGCCAGCCCCAACCUCUCUCGACUGCAGUGGAUGCGAGCUCCGGAUCUGGCAACGAUUGCAAUAUUGCCAUCAUUCCACAAUGGCCGCCUCGCAACUUGACCAGAUGGUCAAGGGCGCUCCAGCUCCUCAAGCAAAGUCUCCCGUCAAAGAGCCUCCUACGCCGCUGCCUCGAUCCUAUCUCGAAGGUCCUUCGCAACCCCAACCCUUGGCACCGGAUCCUCUGUCGACGCUCCCAUCUUCUCCGCCUCAGAUCUACCUAAACCUGCUCAUCCUCGAAAACUCCCUCCGCGCACAGUAUCUGGCUCUCCGUGAGCGUCGACGCCAGAACACCUUUUUCCUGCUGAUUCUAGGCAUCUGGAUCGCCUAUUUCUUCUACGCACUGUUCUUCCGGCCUCGUGAAGAUGGCCGCGGGGUGGGUGGAUCGGUAUACUGGGUGGUGGAAAUGGGCGAGAAAGUCGCCCUGAUGGGAGGCGUCGUAACGGGCAUUCUCAUCUGGGGCACAGGACAGUGGGAGCGUGGAGUUCGCUGGCCGCGGCGCUGGCUCGCCGUCGCCAACCGUGGCCUACGCAGUAUCAACACGAAAAUCGUGAUUAUUCGGGGCCCAUGGUGGAAAGAGCUGCUGUCCUAUUUCUCAUUUCUCUUCCCUUACACGUCCUUCUUCCCAUCGCCUGCGAGCUAUCAUUAUGUGGAGCAACAUCCGUCCGAGAAGCGACGGCAGCAUCACUCGUACGAUAGUGAGCACGAAGCCGGCCUUGUGGAGGAAGACGUUGCGCCUGGAGGAGACUAUAUCAAGCUUCUCCUUCUCCCCAAAUCCUUCUCUCCGGAAUUCCGCGAGAACUGGGACGAAUACCGCACCGAUUACUGGGAAAAGGAAAACGAGCGACGCGCUCAGCUGCGGCAGAAAGUACGUGAGCGGGAGCGCCAGAUCGCCAAACAGGAACAUGGUUGGCUCUGGUGGUUGCCGAUCUGGAAGAGCUCGAAGAGACGGAAAGUCGCUGCAGCGACAUUGAAAUCAUCCGACCAUCAUCAUCAUCACCACGUGCACCGCACCAGUACCGCUAGCCUCAAACCCUCCCGGCGUAGCACGCGCUCGGAUUCUAACUCGCGCACUCCAUCACGGAGUACGACACCGGUCGAUGGAGACGACCGUCCACCCUCUCGGUCUUCGAUCACGCAUUCACGACGAGGAAGCGCAACCCCAUCCUUCACUGAGACAGAAACAGGACCGCAGCGACGGAAAAAGAAGACCUCAUCAGGCGUUAAAGGAUUAUCACCUCUCACCCAAGCUCAGAGGAGGGAGAGUUCGCCAUCUGCAGCAUCGAUUUCUUCAAGAUCAUCAGAUGACUCUUGAUCGAAAAGCCACUGAAAAAGCAAUCCAUUUCAUGACCUACAAGUUGAUAUGAAGCUCACAAGGAAAACCGACGGUGCAAUCCUCCACAAAAGUCGCGAAUGCUCUACAGAAAAAAAAAAAAGAAAAAAGAAAAGUUCACUUGGAUUUUUUGUUUGUAGACUAUAAACAACAAAGGCAACACAUCAUCUGUCAAACUAUCUGAACUCGAACUCUGCAGUCUCUCUACACUCAAUAUUCUUCUCCCCUUGUUUAUUUCUAUACAUGCUUAGGAUACGGAGUUGGGACCGUGAUUAUGUCGGGACAUAUACGG